AUCGUGUUUACAACUAUAUAUAGAUGUUAAUUUGUGGUAAUAUAUUAUUAGUGAUGAGAAUCAUAUAGCUGAUUUCAAUUUAUUGGAAUCGAGAUGUAGUUAUUGUUAUUGUUGUAUAUCAUUAAUUCUUCUUCUUCUUCUCCAUUUAUGUCUGAAAAUCCUGGCGAUCUGUCGGAAUUUACGAUCAGAUUCUGCUGACAUCACCGUAACAUGUUGUGAUUAAAUGAGAGCUGAUACAUAUGGAGAAAUGGAACGUACAAUGUUUCAAAAAUCAGAUAGUGAUUGCAAGAGGGAAGGAAAACAAAUAGAAGUUAGGCCUCAAAUCAUGGGUGAAAAUUUAAGAGCAGCAAAUCAAUUUGAACUGAUGGCCCCUUCAAUUGCAUUUAAAUCAUAUCCCUAUACAGAAGUACCACAAUAUUCUUGUGGCAAUGUGACUAUUGCUUGUGGUGAACCUAUGGUAAAUCAAAAUAUAGAAAGAUCAUCAUCAUCAAUGCAUCAUAAUGGGAGAAUGAUAUUGCCAAUUGAAGUGAAGGAAGAACCAAUGUAUGUAAAUGCCAAACAGUACCAUGGUAUUCUAAGGAGAAGACAACUUCGUGCUAAGGCUGUGUUGCAGCAAAAAGUUGUCAAAUCAAGAAAGCCUUAUCUUCACGAAUCGCGCCACCGACACGCGAUGAGAAGAGCUAGAGAUGGUGGAGGUAGAUUUCUCAACACAAAGAAGAACAACCAACAUCCUACUAACAACAACAACAACAAUGCAACUGCAAGUAGUGAAGGCAAAGGUGGUUCAUUGGUGUCUGAUUCUUCUGCAAAUUACCUACUCAAUUAUGAACAAGAUAUUGGAUCAUCCAAUAAUGGUGAGGGAUUUCAGUUCCAAGGAAUACAUGGUACUACUAAAGAAAAUCUGCAAUUGGGUUGUCAUUAUCAGUGGAACCUCAAUGACAACAACCACUGCAAUUGCAUGCACUCUGCACACUUUUGAAGCGAGUCGCUCUGUGAGACGUCUAGUAGUCCUGUGCGACUUGUGGUUCGUUCGAGUUAUGUAAAUAUCCAAUAUCCCUGAAGUUUGUAACUUUAUCUGUAAUAAACCAUACUUGUAGUAUAUGUUACAGGUAUUCAGUGAGGCAUGUAUGUUA